CCACGAAUUCUGAUUGGCUACUGCCGGGAGGUUAGAGGUUACCUGUCAUGUUGUCACGAAGCUAACAAGAGCUGUUGUUUUUUUUAUCUCUACUCCGUCUUUAUUUAUCCCCCCUAAACACGCGUAAGUGAUACUCGGUUAUUGUUAUUUAUUAGCUACAAUAUUACUCAUAGCGUAAUGUUGUGUUGCCGCGUGGAAAUUGUUAGCUAGCUCGGCUGUUAGCCCUGAAAAGUGUCCCCGAAAGUGUCAGCUGAAGGACGAGUUUAGAGGUGGUCUGCGAUGACGUCAUUGGGUCUGGUUCGCGUAUUCGGUGCUCGUACGGCGGGAGUCUGGCGCCUCCGAAGACAUGUCGGCUCCACACGGCCGCAGAGCACCAUGUCCGCCUGGGUCCUCGAUCAGUACGGGUCCAAUGAAGUCCUCCGGUUCUCCGAGGACACCCCCGUGCCCACGAUCACGUCCUCCAGCCAAGUGAUGGUCCAAGUCCACGCCGCCAGUCUCAACCCUUUGGAUGUCGCUAUGAGGGGAGGAUAUGGUGCUAAGAUGCUCAAGCUACGACGGGACCCAUUUUCUCUGAUGGACAAUGGCAGUGAAUUUCCCGUGAUCCUGGGUCGGGAUGUGUCGGGUGUGGUCGUGGACUGUGGAUCUGCGGUUGCCCACUUUACACCAGGAGAUGAGGUCUGGGCUGCUGUGCCGCCAUGGAAACAAGGCAGUCUGGCAGAAUACGUCAAUCUAACAGAAUUUGAGGUUUCCCAUAAGCCCAAAUGUGUGAGUCACGAGGAGGCGGCGUCCAUCCCUUAUGUCGCCGGCACUGUUUUGUCCGCACUUGUCAAUGCAGGUGGUCUUUGCAGAGACAGCUCCUCAAAUAAAAGAGUUUUGAUCGCUGGAGGAUCAGGGGGUGUCGGAACGUUUGCUAUUCAGUUGGCAAAGGCCUGGGGUGCUCAUGUUACGGUCACUUGCUCUCACAAUGCAGAAGGCCUGGUCAGAGGGCUGGGGGCCGACGAGGUGGUGGACUACGCCGCAGAAGAUGCGGCAGACCGACUAGAAAUGAUGGAGAGAUUCGACCUGGUUUUGGACGGCGUGGGUGGCCAUACAGAGGAGCGGAUGGUGGGCCUGCUGAAGCCCUGGUCCGGGGCUAAAUACGUCACCCUGGUGACACCUUUACUCAACAAAACGGACUCCCUCGGCCUGCUGGAAGGGCUCCUUCACGCUGGAUCCAGCCUGCACAUGAAAGCCUUAGAGGGUCUUAUAUCAAAUGGUGUCUUCUACCGUUGGGGAUUCUACGCUCCAGACGGGCCGGCCCUGGACGAGGUCAGCGAGCUGGUGGACGCCGGGAAGAUCCUACCAGUGAUGGAGGCCACCUUCCCGUUCAGCCAGGUUCCCCAGGCUUUUCAGAAGUUGGAACACGGCCACGCCAGAGGCAAGACGGUCGUCAGCGUGAUCGGCGACCACGAGAGCGGGGAGAAAGAAAUGGUCCAGGACGGUCGCCCUGAGGCGGCGGCGCAUCAAAGUGCGACACACAACUAACGACCGGGAAUGAUGCUGCCUGUCUUUAUCUUUUGGAGCAGAGGACAAAAAGCGGGACCGGAUCCUGCCACAUCAUCAAGUUGUCUUGAAGACUUGGCAAGUUUUCACACUCCAUAUGAUGUUGCCGUAGCAACCGGCAGCAGUCUCCAGGCAACCUUUCAGGUCAGAUUGCAUUUUGCAGUGACAUCAUCACCUCAAAGCACUUUGCAGGGGUCCGAUUGUGUUGCUGUAAAGUAAAGUUUAUUUACACAGUAUUUGGGAGUUGCUUAUAUGUGGUGAUCCAUGGUGAGGGACAUUUUAUUGAAGUCCAAAAGUGUUUAGGGAGCAACAACAUUGUGCACGGUACAGUUUGGACACACCUUCUCAUUCAAUGCGUUUUCUUUAUUAUCAUGUCUAUUUACAUUGUAGAUUGUCCCUGAAGGCAUCAUAACUAUGAAUGAACACAUGUGGAGUUACGUACUUAACUGGAAACAUGUUUUGUAUUCUAGUUUCUUCAAAAUAGCCACCCUUUGCAUUCUCUCGGUGAGCUUCAAGAGGUAGUCACCUGAAAUGGUUUUCACUUCACAGGUGUGCUUGAAGCUCAUGGAGAGAAUGCCAGGAGUGUGCAAAUCAGUAAUUGGAGCAAAGGGUGGCUAUUUUGAAGAAACUAGAAUAUAAAACAUGUUUUUAGUCAUUUCACCUUUUUUUGCGAAAACAUGUUUUAUAUUCUAGUUUCUUCAAAAUAGCCACCCUUUGCAAACUCUUGGCGCUUUCUCGGUGAGCUUCAGGAGGUAGUCACCUGAAGGGGUUUUCACUUAACAGGUGUGCUUGAAGCUCAUGUAGAGAAUGCUCAAAAGCAGUAAUCGGAGCAAAGAGUGGCUAUUUUGAAGAAACUAGAAUAUAAGAUAUAUUUUUAGUUAUUUCACCUUUUUUUUGUUUAUGUACAUAACUGAAAACAUGUUUGAGAUUCUAGUUUCUUCAAAAUAGCCACCCUUUGCAAACUCUUGGCGCUUUCUCGGUGAGCUUCAGGAGGUAGUCACCUGAAAGGGUUUUUACUCUACAGGUGUGCUUGAAGCUCAUGUCGAGAAUGCCAUGAGUGUGCAAAUCAGUAAUUGGAGCAAAGGGUGGCUAUUUUGAAGAAACUAGAAUUAUAAAACAUGUUUUCAGUUAUGUACUUAACAAAAAAAGGUGAAAUAAUAGAAAUUUUGUUUUAUAUUUAGUUUCUUCAGCCAACAUUUGCUCUGAUUACUGCUUUGCACACUCUUUGCAUUCUCUCCAUGAGCUUCAGGAGGUAGUCACCUGAAAUGGUUUUCACUUCACAGGUGUGCUUGAAGCUCAUGGAGAGAAUGCCAAGAGUGUGCAAAAGCAGUAAUCGGAGCAAAGGGUGGCUAUUUUGAAGAAACUAGAAUUACAAAACAUGUUUUCAGUUAUGUACUCAAUAAAAGUGAAAUAACUAAAAUUAUGUUUUGUAUCUAGUUUCUUCAAAACAGCCACCCUUUGCUUUGAUUAGUGCUUUGCACACUCUUGGUAUUCUCCCGAUGAGCUUCAUGUACACCUUUGAAAUGAAAACCAUUUCAGGUGACUACCUCUUGAAGCUCAUCGAGUGAAUGCCAAGAGUGUGCAAAAGGUGGUUAUUUUGAAGAAACCAGACUAUAAAACAUGUUUUCAGUUAUAUACUUAACAAAAAAAGGUGAAAUAACUGAAAAUAGGUUUUAUAUUCUCGGUUCUUCAAAAUAGCCACCCUUUGCUUUGAGUACUGUUUUGCACACUCUUGGCAUUCUCUCCAUGAGCUUCAAGCUCACCUGUGAAGUGAAAACCAAGCUCAUGAAGAGAAUGCCAAGUAAUCAGAGCAAGAAUGGAAAAUACAGAAAACAGAUUGAAUGAGGAGAAGGUGUAUCCAAAGGUUGGGCCUGUACUGUGUGUAUGCUUUCACUUUUCCUUCAGAUGUAAAAUCUGCACCAAUUAAAAACAUACAAAGCCAAGGAGAGGAUUGCUUUUAUUGCUGAAGGAAAGGCAAAAAUAGAACAUUUGAAUACAAACACAUGCAACAUGUUAACACUGUUUAAGUUCAUGACAAAACAGGCAAACUCCAUUUUAUCGACUGAAAAGGCAAAGAUAUAAAACCUAUUACUGGAAGCGUCGAUACGGUUCUUUUUCAUUCAAGUCCAAACCUGGUGUGUACGUUACGUGGGCACGAAUACAUUCUCAAGAGUUCACUUCACUCAUCCACGGAAAGGAGUUGUGGUAAAGGUGCAUGUAGUCCUUGGAACACUUGCCGCACAAAAUUUAAAUAACCUCCACAUCCCACGUCUGGUGGAGCUUAUUUGGAUCCAGGGUGUUGAGGAUCACUUGGUUUUUGUCGUAAUGAU